AUGGAAGACUGUUUGGCAAAAAAAAUGGAAAUCACUGUUUCGGAAGCUGAAAAACGGACUGGGAAGACUGCCAUGAACAUGCAAGAAACAUACACUGCUUACCUCAUUGAGACAAGAGCUGUUGAGUCCCAGAGUGAGGGACAAUGUGCCCCAGUGGAGUCCCUGUGGCGACGUUACAGUGAAUUUGAGUUGUUGAGGAAUUAUUUAUCAGUGACCUAUCCACAUAUUGUUGUUCCACCUUUGCCAGAAAAAAGGGCUGACUUUGUUUGGCAUAAGCUGUCAGCAGAUAAUAUGGAUCCAGAUUUUGUGGAAAGAAGAAGAAUUGGUUUGGAAAACUUCCUGUUACGUGUGGCUUCACAUCCUGUUCUUUGCCAAGACAAAAUCUUUUAUUCAUUUUUAACACAGGAAGGUGGGUGGAAAGAAAUGGUGAAUGAGACUGGAUUUCAGUUAAAGGCAGAUUCCAGAUUAAAAGCUCUUAAUGCAACAUUCAGAGUGAAAAAUCCAGACAAGAGAUUUACUGAGCUAAAACACUACAGUGAUGAACUGCAGUCUGUCAUAUCACACCUUCUGCGCGUCAGAGCUAGGGUAGCAGACCGGUUAUAUGGUGUCUAUAAGGUCCAUGGCAACUAUGGAAGAGUAUUCAGUGAGUGGAGUGCAAUAGAAAAGGAGAUGGGGGAUGGGUUGCAGAGUGCUGGCCACCACAUGGAUGUGUAUGCAGCUUCUAUUGAUGACAUACUAGAAGAAGAGGAACAUUAUGCAGAUCAGCUGAAAGAAUAUCUCUUCUAUGCAGAAGCACUACGGGCAGUUUGCAGGAAACAUGAACUAAUGCAAUAUGACUUGGAAAUGGCUGCGCAGGACCUGGCAUCUAAGAAGCAGCAGUGUGAAGAGCUGGCAACAGGAACUGUGAGGACAUUCUCCCUGAAAGGGAUGACCAGCAAGCUCUUUGGGCAGGAAACCCCUGAGCAGAGGGAAGCCAAGAUAAGGGUUUUAGAAGAGCAGAUACAGGAAGGAGAAGAACAACUUAAGUCUAAAAAUCUGGAGGGCAGAGACUUUGUGAAAAGUGCCUGGGCUGACAUUGAACGGUUUAAAGAGCAAAAGAAUCACGAUUUGAAGGAGGCACUGAUAAGCUAUGCUGUUAUGCAGAUUAGCAUGUGCAAAAAGGGAAUUCAAGUUUGGACAAAUGCAAAGGAAUGUUUCAGCAAGAUGUGAUUAUCUGGAAAUGAAUUCCUCCUCCAAGUGCCAGAGAACGGAAGCACAAAUGUAUAACACCAAUGUUGAGUUGCUACAUGACUUACAUAUAAAUCAUGAAAUAAAUGAGUUGAGUGAAUAGUUUUUCUUUCUGAUGAUUGUAAUUGUUAAUAAAGGACAAAAAGGACAUGUUCUUAAAUGUUUAGCCCUGGCUGCCACUUCUGUGGCAUGUUUUAUAUGUGGUAGCAAAUAAUUCAGGGGUAAAAGAGUGACUGAAAACUACAGCUCUGUACUGGGGCAAAGGUAUAGGGAAGGUUAUCCAGAAGGUAUGAACUGAACUGUUCUGAGACUUGUGAAACACCAUGCUCUGAAAUGUGUAGAUCACUUCCAGAUGCCCUUCUUUUUGGGCCUUGCUGUUUAGAAUUUGUGAUGCUCAAGGGUGCUUUGGCUUUGUGGUGGGAGACACAGUUGUGUUCUUGAGGUCUACACCAUAAGAGGACAAAAAAUGAAAUAUUGUAAGGCUUAGGGUUCAUAUUUAGAUGCCUUUGCAUGUCCAUAGAGAAAUGUACUUUUCCAGAGUUCAGGUUAAGCAGUCUCAAACUCCUGAGAUGUUUGAAACUCUCUACAGUAGAGGUGUUGUACAAUGGUUUGAAACAAUAUUCUGCAUUUACUGGUUCCCACUCAAGUUUUGAUAUGGGCAUUGAUUUCUUAUCAAACUUCUUUGCAAGUAAAGAAGACUUGUGGUCCAGCUGAGCUGCAAAACCAAAGUCAAAGCUGGUGUAAGAAGCAGAUGCAACUUCUAUUUGGUUGUUUGGAACCUGUUUACACUAGAUGUGAAUCUGGCCUGUGGUACCUCUUCU